GCUCCGGGCCGGGCGAAGUUUGCGGCGCUGGGCGGAGGCAGCGGCGGGCGGCCGGGCUGCUCGCUCCGCUCCGCUCCGGCCAUGGCCUUCCGCCGGCGGGCCAAGAGCCACCCGCUCUUCAGCCAGGAGUUCCUGAUCCACAACCACGCGGACAUCGGCUUCUGCCUGGUGCUCUGCGUGCUCAUCGCGCUCAUGUUCGAGGCGACAGCCAAGACUGCCUUCCUGUUCAUCUUACCUCAGUAUAACAUUAGCGUGCCUACAGCAGACGGCGAGCUAGUUCACUACCGUUACGGGCUAAAGGACUUGAUCACCAUCCUCUUCUAUGUCUUCAUAGCAAUCAUCCUGCAUAUGGUGUUGCAGGACUACGUCCUGGAUAAAAUCAACAGGCGGCUCCAUCUCUCCAAAGUCAAACACAGCAAGUUCAACGAAUCGGGGCAGCUGGUGGCUUUCCAUCUCACCUCCAUGAUCUGGUGCUUGUAUGUAGUGGUCACGGAAGGAUACUUGUCAAACCCGAGGAGGUGGUGGGAAAACUACCCUCAUGUUUUUCUCCCGUUCCAGGUGAAGUUUUUCUACCUUUGCCAGCUGGCCUACUGGCUGCAUGCCCUGCCUGAGCUAUACUUCCAGAAGGUGCGCAAGGAGGAGAUUCCUCGUCACCUGCGGUACAUCAGCCUGUACCUGAUGCAUAUAGCUGGAGCAUACCUCUUAAACCUAACCCGCCUGGGGCUUGUCCUCUUGCUGCUGCAGUACUUCGCUGAAUUCCUCUUCCACAUGGCCCGUCUAUUCUACUUCACAGAUGAGAACAACGAGAAGCUGUUUAAUGCCUGGGCAGUGGUGUUCGUGGUCACCCGGCUCUUCACCCUCACCCUUUCUGUGCUGGUUGUUGGCUUUGGGCUGGCUCGGGUGGAGAACCAGGCGUUCGACCCAGAGAAAGGAAACUUCAACACUCUGCUUUCCAGGAUGGGCGUGCUGUCCCUGGUGUGCCUCUCCCAGGCCUGGAUGAUGUGGCACUUCAUCCACUUCCAGCUGCGGCGCUGGCGGGAGUACUGGAAUGAGCAGAGCGCCAGGCAGAGAGCUGCCACCCUCACCAAACAGCAGUCCAAGCCCGUCAAGAGGGAGUCGGGUUACCAUGAAAACGGAGUGGUGAAAGCUGAGAACGGAACCUCCCCACGCACCAAGAAGCUCAAGUCUCCAUAGAGCUGAAGGCUCGUCUGCUGGGGAGGAGGGCGAGAGACCAGGACUAAGCACCAGCCCCUCCCUCGGCCUCCCAGGUGCUGAAUGGCUUGGAAACCUCUCAGUCUUCCCAAGGUCUCUCCCCCUCCCCCCCUCCCCAAACCAUUUGCAAUAAAACCAAAAAACCUUGCUCCGUCGCACGGCCUGCAGGAGCCAGAACCAAACCUCCCGUCCUCUCCUUCCGCUCAGUUCUAUCGUCAAUCAGCAUGCAAUUUUCUCCCCUCCCCGCCCCCUUCUUGAGUGUUUUUUCUUCCUGUUGUGUUUUUGUUACAAAUGCACCAUGGGAUGGUUCCAAGCAAACCACCCCUUUUCUAAAGCAGGUUCUUCCCCUGCCCUUUUGGCAUUUCCCUACAUCCUGGGCUCGGAGGGGCAGGCGGGUGCUUGAAGGUGCCCUGUGACCAUGCGGAUAGAGGUUUGGGGAGCUGGGGAAGCCAUGCCCUGUGUGCAGAGCACCUCUCGGCAUCGGGGUGGUGUCCUUGGAGGGGGGGUGCCACUGCUCGAGUUCUUGGGUGAACUGCAGAGCAGCCUUGCAUCCAGCACGCCCAGCGGAAUUGCAGAGGCGGGCCAGGUCUGGCUUGGGCCUGUUGCAUUAGGGCACAGGGUGGUGACCUCAGACGUGCUUUGCAUCAUGCUGGAGCUCCAGCAUGUGGGAUCCCUAGCAGUCUGCGGCAGGACAUGAGCUCUUAGGCCUGUUCUGCCCACCUCCCUCCCUCUCCUAGGUGCGGUGAUUCGGCUCUGCCUCUGCCCUGCAAUUCCUAGUGCCUUACUUGGGAUGAUGUCACCCAAGGAGUCGCUCAGGCCAAACUCAGUUGAAGAUGUGUAAGCCCUGGAGGUGAGGCCUCCACCAGCCCUGGUCCCACACCUCGCUUCUCCUUACCUCACCCAAGUGCUGGCUUAAUCCUGUGGCGUUGUGGUCACGUAGCACUCGCUGCGUGCCAGAGAGCAGACUCCCUGCCACUCAGAGUUUAUCUGUAACAGGGCCUUUCACCUCAUGCCUCACCACUGCCCUUGCCAUCCCAGACCAGCUAUGGCCUCUCCCUUCCGGCUGCAGCUGCCAGCUUCUGUCUUUCUGCUUCACAGGCCUCGCAUCCCCUGAGGGGUUUGGUUAAUCUGGGAUCCAGCCCAUGCAUCCCUUCCUGGGCUGGGUGGGAAUAGCAGAGAGCAGCCUGUGGGAGUGCCUCUUGCCCGAUCCAUGCCACCCUCCUCCCUGGCUGGUGGAUGGAAUUGUCUCAAAUCUACCUCAGAGGCCGCCUCUUUCAUACAACCACUCUCCCUCAACCCCUCGUUGGCUGCGUAUGUUGGGAGGAGAUGUGGGGGAAUUGUUUGAGCACUCAUUGAUUCUGUCCACUGCCCAGGAACAGCAUCCCCUGCCCUCUUCCGGGUGGCUGGAGCUGUCCCACUUGCAGGGCUCUUCCAGUGCCAUGUGCUGGUCAAGACUGGCCAGGCAGCCAGGCAGCAGAGGGUAUUUCUCUCUGUGGAAGGUCCCCGUAAGCCAGACUUUGCAGUGGGCAUGUUGCAAUGCAUUGAGGUGACUUGGCGCUUCACUGGGGUGGGAGCUUCCCUCUUGGCAAAGCUGGCUCAGCUGCACUUGCUGCGGCUGCCCGGAGGGGUAGCAUUUCCCUUUGGCUGAGCAGGGAGAGGGUGUCGCUGCUCCCAAAGGGGCAGCGGGAGAGGCAGGCAGGGAGUAGCAGGGAUGAAGUGUCAUGGAAUCACUUCUCAUGCAGAUCGGGAUCAGGGUUCUUCCUUCUUAGCUGGGGUGAGUGACACGGGCCAGAAUAAACCAUACCGGAUGUUCCUGGCUUGUUUCAUGCUCCUCCCUGUGGCCUUCCUUACUGGAGGCGAUUGUAAUUCAUGCUCUCCGGCCUUUUGUUUUUUGGGGUGGUGAGAGGAACUGGCUGCCCAUGCUGCUUUCACAGAUGUUGAGUCCUCUCCACGCCUGUUCUGGCUCCUGCACUGGAAGCCCCUGCCUGUGCUGGGGAGAGAAUACCUGGGAGCCUGAAUGUAGCUGGUCAGAUUCCAUUCCUUCCCCCCAUCCCCCUAGGAGCUUUGAAUGUCAAAGGAGGGCCACUAGCUGGCAUCUCCCAGGGAUCUUCCUCCUGCUCCCCCAAUAUCUUGGAGCAGAGCACCAGGGAAUACCUUGUGACUGUCCUUCCUUAGCCCUGGCUGGACAGAUGCAUAGCAAAGCCAGCACUUGGGUGAAGGAGCAGCGGGACCAGGCGGGAAAGGACUGUUAUGCCAGUGAGAGAGCGAGAGCUGGGACACAAGCUCUUGGCCCCUGGGCCUAGCACAGUUCACCCUUCCAUCCCUCUCCCCUUUCCCGUCCGCUCCCAGCCAGGAGGGGAUCGCUGAGCCCUGCAGGGAGUGACUGCUCCCCAAAUCUCUCUAGAGCCGGAGCUGGCCUUGCUCCUCUGACAUUAGCGACUUAACUGCAGACGAGGAGCUGAGACUCCCGGUUAAAAGGUGGCUAGUUGUCAGAUCCAAAUAAACCAGGCUGCUGAAUGAUUUCCCCCACCCCGCCCUGCUCCAGGCAGCCUUUCCUCUGGCACAAGCCUGCAAGGCCGUGAAGUAGCUCAUUGUUCUCUAUAUACCAAGUGCCUUACAUUGCGGUAUAGUCUGUACUCUCUUGCCUAUGCGCUGCCUCAAUAACUCCGUGCCCUCAGGCUCUGUGUAUCUGUAUGAUGCGUGUUCCAUAUUUAGAGUCACUGGGGAAAGGGACCGUUCCCGCUGGAAGUCGCCCCUCAUUUUCUGUGCCUUUUCGGUUUGUAGGAUGGUUCCUUCCUCCAUGGCUAAAAUCCCCUCCCCUUUUUCUGCCUAGAUCGGUCGGCCUCUGCAGUGACGCCCACGGGCUGCCAUUUCGCAGGCAUCGCUGGGGUCAUUUGUGGCUGGAGGGGCUCCCAUCCCAUCCCUCCCAAUGCAGACGCUCUUGCUCCUCUCUGCUCCAGUGCACGUACUGUCCCUGGCUCUGCAGUCGCUGGUGCAGCUCUCCUUGCGUUUCCUAGCAAACCAAAACUUCCUCUCUAUCCUGGAGAACCAUCUCCUCGUAGAGAUGGAUUAUUUUCUUUUCCAGUCUCUAGGGUUAACUCUUUCAUCGACCCAUCCACAUACAAAGGUGCAGAGAGCAUGGGGAAGGGGAGACCCACUUCUCGAAUGGGUCCCCUUUUUGGGCCCCAUCCCACAAAGUGCUGCGUAUCUUCUGCAACGGUUUGAGUGUCCCCAUCUGCUAGAAGGCUGAGGGCACUCGGGAUCAUGCAGAAUUGGGCCCUGGGUCCCAGAUUCAGUGUUAUAGCACCGCUGGUUGUGCAAUAACCCGCCUGGAUCGUGGUCACUCCAGUAGUGCCUGCAUCCGUCACCAAACCCUGGGAGGGGAGGGCCCCUGAGAUGAGGUCAAGUUGUGAUAAUUGCGUGGAGCACAGAACGCCUCCUAACCUGGGCUGUGGCAAAGUCUCUUAAGAACCAGCAGUUCUUCUCCCUCUCUCCUUGUCCCAGAUGGAUCUUAGAGGGGUGGAUGUCGGGGAGAAUGUAGCAUUUUGCAGAUCAAUAUCUUUUUAAAAGUUUGUUGAAUGAAUCUCCCUUGCUCAACAGGGCAUUAAAGUUUGUAUUUUUGUAGGAUGAUUUUUUCCUACCUAUCAUGCACAGGUGUAGCAAAUAAGGGAAGGGUUUCUCCCUGGUUUUUAUAUUAAGUGGAGGAUGGUCUUUCUUCAGAACUAGACAUGAAAUCUGUAGAGGGGUGGUCUUCAUUCCAGUGGACUGGAGUUACAGCUACAUCUGACUAUGGAGUCCAGUCAAUGGAAGCUGACUUCUGUCUACAGUUGAUAGCGUCUACAGCUGUCUAAUUGUGCAGUAUAGCAGUUCCUUUUUGUGACCUUUGAGUGCAUAACAUGUGGCUCGAGUUGGCAGUCUUUAUAUUGACGCUGUCAUCUGGGUCACUCAUCUCCCUAUGUCAUGUGUACUUCUUGCCAGAGGGAGGGAUGGACACAAGACACAAAGUUUGGGUGGGUGCUCGUAUCUGUCUUUUUAACAUGUUUAAUUCUCUGGACCAAACUUCAACAAAGAAACUCAAGGAAAAUUCUGUUCUUCCAUAUUUAUGCUUUAGUGCAAACAUUCUCUUCCUUUGUUAUGUAUUUUAAUUUGUUUUGGUUUGGGGGGGUUGAUUUUUUGGAUAACCUCUUCAACUCCCCAUCACCACCAUAUGUUUUUAUUCUUCCCCUGACAUUUAAAAAAUAACCAAUUUUGUACGGAAUUUUUUUCAUUAAAUGGCUUUUGUGAACAAACUCUCAACAAAGAUAUUUUCUGAAAUAAUAAAAGGCAUAGAAUCAUCAAGUGGUGCUUAA